AUGCCAGACACGAGAGUUAUAAAGCCGAAAGUCUUUGAAAUGAAACCUAAAAACCAGAACAGGAAAGCAAGUAUAACUGAAGCAACACCAGCAAGGCGAACCAGAGAUGUUAAUCCCCGAAAACAGAGGGCGUCAAGUUGCUCGAGAUGCACCUAUGGCACCGAAAGCAAACCCAAAGCUACGGAGAUGAAAAGCAAUACAGCAAUGAAGCCAAAAACAUCGGCUAAUUUAAAACCUGCAACAAGUGCGCCGAAAGAACCACCAAAGCCAAACUCAUAUUCUCAUGUCCUUUAUGAAAUUCACAGUCAAAAGGCAUUUACUGUCUUCGCGCCAAACCCAAAGAAAAGACAAGAUAUUCAGCAAAAGGCAGAGGCAGAACUGGCUGCUCUGGAGGACCUGCGCCUGAGUCGGGCUAUGGGUUACAUUUCCAUACCUCCUAGUACUGUGGGUGGAUGCUUAACUCUGGAGGAGGUCAGAGCAAAACAACAACAAGAAAUGCAAAUCAGUAGAAGACAAAAGCAAGUUAAAAAAUGUAUUUUAGAAACUGCUCCAGCAGUGCAAGAAUAAUGAAGUGCAGACAACAGACAAACAUUCUACAUAUAUAGCUUUAUAUAAAAAAGUGCAGCUAAUCACAGUUGAGUUCCUAAUGUGCCCAUAUAUUCUAAAUGUACGGAAACAUUAUACACAAUCUUAUAUUGAGAAAUGCACCUUGGUGUAAAACUUUUUUCUCAUUUCUGUGUAGUGUGUUUGUGUGAUUUGAUGAGAUUAAAAUGCAGAAGGCUAAUUAAUUCAUGGAUUCCCCACAAGUAAUUCAGCAACUGGCUAAUACUGUAAUUAGCUUGUUAUUACAAACAAUCAAAUCAUUUACAGAAUAUAAGGAAUUCAAAUGACAGUGUCAGGACUGUUAUAUUCAGUGCAUUCAAAGCACUAAAAUCUUUCCAAAUGUUCUGAAAACAGUUUAUCUAUGUUUAAUGUCUCUGUCUUCAGUGAUAAAACAAAUUGUGUUAUUACAAUUGCAAUGCACUGUGUAGUAAUAUGAUUUAAUUUGGUCUAUUAUUUCAUGCAAGCGGUCCUCCUGGUGUCAUGUUUUUCCUGUUUCUUAGCAACAAGGAUUUUUCUCUCUUUGUUUUGUCCUUUAUGUAUAUUCUGGGAGCUGUCUGCUUUGAAGGUUCCAAAAAUAUGAACAGGGGUCUUGUUGCCUUGGCAAGGGGAAAGUGACUACAUAACGAGUAG